UUUCAUCAUGCACGAAACAAAGUAAUUCCUCCUCCGUGUACUAUAUACUUAAAGGACAUAUUAGGACAUUAAUAAUCUCAUGCAAAGUGCAUAUAUACAAUAAAUACAAUAUUUAUAUUUUCUGAAUUUUCGAUCAAUGUUAUAAUCGUUUUAAUCACUUGACGAAUUCAAAAGAUGUCAACAAAAUCUCCAGUAGAUUUACGAUCGGAGUUGGCGGAAUUGGUAAAACGCAAAGCCGAAAUAGCUGAAACGUUAGCCAACUUGGAACGUCAAAUAUAUGCUUUUGAGGGAAGCUACUUGGAGGAUACUCAAUUAUAUGGAAAUAUAAUAAGAGGCUGGGAUAGGUAUUUAGCGAGCAACAAAAAUACCAAUAGUAAAGCUGACAAGCGUAACAGGAAAUUUAAAGAGGCAGAAAGAUUGUUUUCUAAAUCAUCUAUUACAUCCAUGGCCGCGGUUAGCGGACUUGUUGAGAAUACACAAGAAAAAAUUGAACGAUACAGCGAAUCAGAGUCUCAGAUUGGAAAUAGUGGCAGCGAGGACAAUUGCAACUUUGGCAAUUCAAAUGCAAUUCCUUCCAGCAAUAACAAAGAAGCUAGUGGAAAAAACCAUACUUCUAUUCAAACUGGACAUAUCCAAAAUAGUGGCACUCUUAAUAGCUCGGAUAAUACCUCGAUUCAAUUUACUAACGGAUCAAUAUCCAAUGGAAAUUUAGAACAUAUUACCACACCUGUCAAAGAAUGUCACAGUAAUAGUAAAGACUCCAACAAAAAUAAAUCUGGAAAUAAUGCAAAAAAGAAUAGCACGAAAAGAGCUAGAAAUAGAUAGAAAUAUUAAUGACAUGUGCGUUAGCGAAACGUAUGAAUUCUUUUUUAUUAUUAAGCAAUACAGACGUUGUCAUUACCAUUGUCAUUUACGACUAAAUUCUUUUUCACUUGUAAUCUUAACAUCAUAUUUGAUGUUUGUUGCAGUAAGAUCCGAAAUGUUAUUAAACAUAGCUAUCCAUUGUUGUAGUAAUAACAAAAACAAAAUGUUUAUCUUAAUACAUAAAGUUGUACUGAUUAAAUUUACACAUUUUGUCUCCUAAGUUAAAGUAGUUUUAUUAUGUUUCAUUUCAUUUUUGUGUCUACACACACACAUGCGCGCGCGCGCGUGUGUGUGUGUGUGUAUAAUACACAUUCCACAAUUAUAUAAACAUACAUUUCGUAAGUAUUUGUGAUGUUUUUUGCAGUAUUAAUUUUUGAGAAGCUAUUUUUAAAUUUUGUGAACAAAUUAGAAAGUAGAAGAGAUAUUCAUGAGAUGUGCAUACAUAUACGAAUUAAAAUUAAUAAUCUUAACAUAAUAGAUCCUUCAGCUUUCUUUCUAAAUGUGUACGUGUGGGUGCAAAUAUGUAUGAUAGCAAUUAAAACUGUAUGUAAUUCUACACAUAUAUAUCAAUCCACACAUUGUUUUAAUAAAACGAUUUAUUUAACAAAAUA